ACAAGUGCGUUGCGUAGUCGUACAAACUAGAAAAUUAGAUUAGAUAGGAACUGCAGAUAGAAAGAAAUGGAGACAUCGUUGAGGUACGGUGGAGAUUCCAAAGCUCUAAGAAUCCACGCCAAGGAGAAGUUUCCUAUCGAUUCCAAAACCCAUUUGCAGGUUCAUGGCGAGCUAGACACAAAAACUGGAGCCCCGAGUAACUUUUGUGCUAUGAUAAGGCACUUCUAUCCUGAUUUACUUACAAGCCUUGGUGUAGGAAUGCGCUAUGAUAAGCGUGAUAAGGUGCGGUACACAGUGCGAGGAAAAAAGUCUUUUCUUGUAGCCAACAAUGGUUUGGUAAACUUCGUUGUCAAGGGAAGAUACGAUGUUGACCAAGAAUUCAAGGGGACGAAGUCAGAAGGAGCUGCUGAAUUUACUUUUAGCAUAUUCAAUUUCCAGAGAGACCAAGAUGUUAGACUCAAACUUGGCUAUGAAGUAUUUGACAAGGUUCCAUAUAUGCAGAUUAGGGAAAAUAAUUGGACCCUCAAUGCUGACAUUAAUGGUAGAUGGAACAUAAGAUACGAUUUGUGAGAAUGUACAAGAUUGACCUCAUUUGGUGGUGAGCUAUGUGAGUCCCAAAAACAUAAUGUUCAUUUUGAUUCUGAUGGACAGACAGCUGUGUUGAGGCUGAUUGGUGUCAUGGUUCAUUGACUAUUUUCUUCC